AUAUGGAUCUUCUUGGAGCGAUUGCACCGAGAAGAUCACCAAGAUCAUUGAUUACGAUGAGCAGCAGAGUCGAAGCAGUGACGGAGUCGCCGUGGCUGGUGAGGCGAGCUUCGAGUGGGCAAAUCAAGAGCUUCGCCGCACUCUCCAGCAGCCUCCUGCCGGCGUUCGGAGCAGGCCUCGACGGCAACUAUCCCAGCCCCAAGAAAUACGUCAUUGCACCGUAUGAUCCUCGAUACAGGUGGUGGCAGAUGUUCUUGAUGGUGCUGGUGUUCUACUCCGCGUGGGCGUCGCCGUUCGAGCUGGCGUUCCAGCGGGUGGGCUUGGGGUCGCUCCUCGUCUUCGACCUCGUCGUCGACGUCUUCUUCGGGAUCGACAUCGCGGUAUCCUUCUCCGUCGCCUACUUCGACAGCUCCACCUACUUGCUGGUGGACGACCGGAGGAAGAUCGCCGGGAGGUACCUGACGUCGCCGGGGUUGGUCAUGGACGUGGCCUCCACCGUGCCGUUCCAGAUCAUAUACCGGAUCCUCACCGGGAAAAAGAACGGCGGAUCCGUCUUCGGCGUCGUCAGCCUGCUGCGCCUCUGGCGUCUCCGGCGAGCCAGCAAGCUGUUUGCCAGAUUGGAGAAAGAUAUCAGAUUCAGCUACUUCUGGACGAGAUAUGUGAAGCUCAUCUGCGUGACUCUGUUUGCGGUGCACUCGGCGGCCUGCGUCUACUUCUGGAUGGCAACGCACCACCACAACAAGGAGGAAACCUGGAUCGGCAAAUUGAUUCCGGACUUCGAGGAACGGAGUAUCUGGAUGGGCUACAUCUACGCCGUCUACUGGUCCAUCACCACCCUCACCACCGUCGGCUACGGCGACCUCCACGCCUGGAACACCGGCGAGAAGAUCUUCACCAUCUUCCUCAUGCUCUUCAACAUCGGCCUCACUGCCUACCUCAUCGGCAACAUGACCAACCUCAUCGUCCACUCCGCCACCCGCACCUUCAUCAUGAGAGACACCAUACAUCAAAUUUCACGAUUCGCGAGCAAGCACCGGCUGCCGGACGGCAUGCGAGAGCAGAUGAUGGCGCACCUGCAGCUCAAGUUCAAGACCAUGGAACUGCAACAGGAAGAGGUGAUCGCCGACCUGCCCAAAGCCAUCAGAUCGACCAUCGCGCAGCACCUCUUCCAGCGCACAGUCGAAGCAACGUACCUCUUCAAAGGAGUCUCCAAAGAGUUCAUAGUUCAGCUGGUUUCUGAGCUGAAAGCAGAGUACUUUCCUCCAAAAAUGGACAUCAUCAUAGAAAACGAAAUUCCAACCGAUUUAUACAUCAUUGUCUCUGGUGCAGUGGAUAUCUUGACAUCAAAGAAUGGAACUGAAAAGUUUCUGACGGCACUAGGUCCUGCUGAUGUUCUUGGAGAGAUUGGGGUGAUCUUCAACGUUCCACAGCCGUUUACGGUUCGUAGCAAGAGGCUCUGCCAAGUCGUCCGGAUAAGCCAUCGACACUUCAUGCAGAUCGCACAGCCAUACAGUGCUGAUGGGAAAAUGGUGUUCUCCAAUUUUAUUCAGUUCCUCAAGGAACUCGGCAAAGACUUAGUUGAAGAAGUACCAUUUGUGCCGGAUGUGUUGAGCCAAGUGAACGCAGAGGAUGAAGAACACCCGGAAGAAAGCGAAGAAGUUGAGCAUACAAUCUCCAAUGACAUGGAUGCUGAAGCCAAGAGAGUGACAAUUCAUGGGCAUCAUCCUGAUACAAGCAAGAGAGAAGAAACGGUUCUUGCAGGGAAACUCAUUUUUCUUCCUGAUUCAAUCAAAAAGCUACUGGAAGUGGCAGAGAGAUCAUUUGGGAUGCAGGCAAGCAAAGUUUUGUCAGCUGAUGGUGCUGAAAUCGAUGAGAUAUGCGCCAUCAGGGACGAUGAUCACUUGUUCAUAUGCCGAUGAGGAGAAAAGAACAAACACAAGCAGCAUCGAAGUACCGCAAUACUGAAUCUUGUUUUGUGUUGUGAUACAGUAUGGCCGUAUAUACAAUAUGGUAUAUAUAAAUUUGAUUAACAGGAGAAAUUUGCCGGAGAUAAAGUUGCAGAACUUGAAUUAUUGAAUUUCAAAUUCUGACUGAUUCAGGUGGCGUUUGAUUGAAGGAUUUAAGAAUGAGAAAAUGGAUUCAUUUUCAAAAUUUGUAUUUAAUUGAUAGGAAUGAAAUUUAAUCAAGAUUUUAGAAUGAAA